AUGGCUCUCACAGCAGCUCCCAAUAGCAGAGUAAUCAAUAUCUCCGGCCCGUCAGGUAACGGAAAAAGGACCCUGGCCCAUAAGGCGAUCGACAAGCGGCCCGAUACAUUCACACUCGCCGUCUCUCACACCUCUACCCGCAGCCCACGAGCUGGCGAGCGGCAAUUAUACGGCACCAGCAAAGCCUCGAUCGUCGGAGCAGCAAUGAACGGAUUGGUUGUCAUGCUGAAUAUCGAGCCUAACGGCGGGCAACAGAUUCAAGCAGAGCCCAGUGUUGAUGCAUGCUAUAUUUUUAUCAAACCGCCCAGUCUUGACGCACUCGGAGCGCGACUAAGAAGUUGUGGGACAGAGAGUGAUGCUGACGUGCAGAGAAGGCUUGCCCGAGCAUGUGUUGGACUUGAAAUUGCUGGAAAGUGGGGGUCGUAUGAUAAGCCCAUUGUGAAUGAUGACCUUGAAAUGGCAUAUAGAGAGCUGGAGGAGUUUGCGCUCUAA